CAUUUCGAGGAACAGGAUUGCUUUUUGCCUGUUGAGGCACCUGAGCAUAUUUGCAACUGUCCUUCUGACUCCAUUGUGGUAUCAGCAGGUAAAAGGGUAAUUCUCAUAGCAAUUGAUGGGAGCUACAAUGUCGUCUUGCCACACUUUACAUGUGCUGAGUGCCAUACGAGCAGAAACACCAGCAUCCCACUUUUAAUCAAGUCUGGUUACUGGCCUGCAACAGCAAGCUGUGACACACUAUAUAGAAUCGAUGUGUUAAUCUCAUAUGAACACAUGAAGCUGACUGCUCCAGGAAUGUCUAGACUAUCUUUUACCAGUUUGCUGGAACAGCGAACACAGUUUUUUGACCGAAAUGGAAAGAUCUGCUUAGAUGCUUUUCAAAAAAGUUUUUUUGAAUGGAGAUACUGCCAGUUUGAAAUUGAUCAGCUCUGUGGACUGAAAGUGUUUGACUGUCCAGCCUGUUCUCCAUUAAUGCUUGCCAUGUCAGUAGAUGGUAACAGGAAAAUGUAUCGCUUUAAAAGAGGGGCUGAAAACCAUGGCCUGUUUACAGGUGUCUUUAUCUGUGAGGAUGAACAGGUUUCCAAAUUCGUGGACUACAUUAAUGCUAAAACAAAGCAUACAGUUGGAAAAGGGGUCUGUGGAUCGAGUCAGUGGACUGCAGCACGGGAGUCCUUGCCAAAGAAAGCCAACAAGCUUGAUGAGGAGGGGAUGGAGGUGGCUGUCUGCCGACAUGGUGUGCUGUUGAGAAGCCUUAACAUGAUGAGGGGGGAAAUAUUUGCAUAUCCCUUGUUUCUGCAAAAAGAGCUGUCCUCAAGGAAUGUGCAGUUCAUGUGCACUGAUGUAAUAUGCAAGUAUUGGCCUUACCUGCAGAGAGUAGUUAAUGAUUGUCCAGAGCUCUCUCCUCUCCUGGAUAUGAAGCCUUUCUUGUCAGUGAUGCACGCAAAGGCACACGCUUGGAAAUGUGAGAUUAAGUGGGGUGGUCGAAACCAAGAAGGAGCAGACACCACCCUGGGUGAAGAGGUUGAACAAGUGAAUAGCUUCUUAUCAAGAACCGCUAUAUGCAGUAAAUACAUGACCAAAGGAGCUAGAGCAGACAUGACUACUAUCCAGGCCAUGGCAUGGAACCAACGCAAAAUUGAGAACCUUGGGAAAGUGCUUUCUCGAAGAUUAAUACAGACAAAAGCAAAAAUUCAGGAGGAGUCCUUAAAACUGGAUGCAAUUAAGACAGAGUUGGCAGUAACAGAUGACAACCUUAAAGACUGGAUCAGGGAAAUCACACAGUGGGCUGAUACAGAAGAGAGCACAGGAAGCCAGCAGGGUCUGCAGAAGAAGAUUGAGACUCUUUAUGUGAGCAUCAGACAGAGGAAGCAAAAUCUUUACAGACAAACAGAUGGGAACAAGAGAAGACAUAAACUUCGCAGAAGGAUUUUGGAGGAAAAAGACAAAUUUAUUGCAGCUCUAGAUGAGUACAAUAGGGCAGCGCCUGAAAAACUGCAGUCAGCUGAUACAAUUCUGGCAUCUGAGAGUUAUGCAUGGCCAUGGCUGCUGGAUGAGCAUGAUAAUCUUAUCACCAAAAAAAAAGCUUUUGAUCAACUGAUGCUGUUCAAGCGACUUAAGGAAGAGGAGUGCAUUGUUCUUAAAGAGAUAAAGAAUCACUGGAAAAGCCUCAAAAGAGAUUUUUCUGUUCUAAAUGACCUUUCAAGGGAUGUUGCUGUUUAUGUGAAAAAGAACGACCAGGACUGUUGGCUUUCUGACAGUGGAGUUCUAGGACUUACUUCCCUGCUUAAGAGAAAACUAUACUUCCUGAGAGAUUACAUGUCCUCUGUUCGUCAGCUGUACUGUAGUGUGCUAGACAACAGUUGUGAGCUGUUUGGAAACAUAAAUGAUGAUGAGUACCUCAGAGAAAUUGACAUGGAUGAGGAAGAUAUCCAGUAUGGUUCUGAUUAUGAAGAUGAUGAGGAGGAGGAUAAAGAAGAGGAGGAAAAUGAAGAGUCAUAAUUGCUCAGGGACUACAAAACUACAGUUGUGGUCCACUACUCUAAUGGUAGCCAAAUGAAUACAUGGCUAGAAUGACAAAGACAGUCUCUCCUAAAUAGUUAAUAAUAUGUCCCGCUUUACUUAAUCACAACAGUAUGUCACUUAUGUUUUUAGGUCUGAGAAAGAAAUUUGAAAAUGGUCAGUAUUGGUUACAUUACUUAUUGUCUCACUGAAAUAGUGCAUUGACCUUUUAUUCUCUAACAUAUUCUUCUGUUUGUCACUUAUAUAAUUGAUGUUUUACAAUGUUGCUAGAUUUAAAUUCACAAUUCUUUUUAAAUGGCUUGUUGUAACAAAAUGUUUUCUUGUCUUUUUAUAUUGUCUUUGAAAAAUAAAAUAACCAAAUUAAUUUCAUAACAUGUCAACCAGUUUUUUAAUGAACUGUACAGCAUGCAUGUACUGUAUGUUUACUGUGACCAGCAUGUUAAAAGGGUGUCUGGACUUCAUUGCUCUAAGACCAAUAUAUGUAAUAAA